UUGUGUUAGAUCCAGGUGGCGCUGUAAGUCAGGCCACAUCGAAUUAAAAAAAAUCGCUUUAACCAAGUUAUAAGUUAUAUAUUCCGCCGUAACGUGAUGCAAUAGACAUUGAAAACUGACGGUACUUGACCAUCUUGGAGCGAUGUGACGAAGUGGUUGUAUUUGCGGGAAAUAUAAACAAUAAUGUUGACAACUCGCCGAAGAAAGGAAGAAAUCUGAAAGAAGAAGAGGAUCAUCUGGCGCAACGGGAAGACAAACAAACAGAGUUAAUCAUUUGCUCCUUAAUUUACACACUUGCAAGUCAAUAAGUGUUGUCAAUGUCUCAGUAAGAUUGACAGCAAACGAAAGACAUUUCAAGAAGUCUGACGUAGCAAGAUAAAGGGUACGGGUGACGUCGGUUCAAAUGUGUUAUAAAGUAGUAGUGUAUAAGCAGCACCCAUGUCUCUUGAAUCUCUGAGGAAUUAAAUUUUCGUAUUGGUCAUCAGCCUUAUGUUAGCUGGAUUUUAGUACACAUCAUGGCUCUUCAUGAGAGAAAUGGAUGGAGCCCUAAGUGAAGAAGUCAGCAAGGGAAUUAAGAGAGCAGCUUUAUCAACAAGAGUUAAAAAAGUGAAAUUCUUCACCCACUUGAAUUUGGUAGAUACUUUGGUUGUGAAAUUAUAAAGUGCAGUAGGAAUUGGUGAAACUUGACAAUGAUGCCUGAUAGCAGUUUGGAACACUGAUUGCUCACCAGCAUACAGCAUAUUUAUUUUUGAACUAGAAGGUUAGCAAUAGUCACUCAUGUGCUUCUGUUCCAUUAAAGGUACUACUUAAUGCAUAAGUCAUGAUGCCAUAACCCCAGAGUGUUGAGUAGUUGUCUGAAGGUGAUGUCUAUCUAUCUCCCUUUUAAUGCUAUGACUUGUGCACAUUUCAGUAAAUGGCUCUAACAAAAUCAGUGAGCCCUGUAUCACAAAAUGCUCAUACUUGCAUACAGUGUGGAAAGAUUUUCAGAAACAGUGUUAAGUAUAUGAUACAUAAAUCAAAACAUACUAGUCACAUUACUUUUAUCAGUAAUAUUCGGAAAAAAUAUUUGUUAAAUUUUAGGUACAGAUUUUGUUGGAAAAAAUAUCAUGUUUGCAAUUUCUUUAGGAAGGCCUACUGUUGUGGAAUGUGCCAAAAGUCAUUUAUAAGUGAGAGGACUGUUGUUAAUCAUUUAAAAAAUUGUCCAUGUAAUACUAAGCACAAAUGCCUUUUUUGUGAUUACACGUCUAACUCCCAAUCAGACAUUAUAAAUCACACAAAACAGCAUGCAGAUGAGCAACCUUACCAGUGUACAAAGUGUGAUAAGAAAUUUGUAUCUCUUGGUGAACUCACAGAUCAUGAGCUAGUGCAUUUGCCCCCAAGAUAUUUAUGCUUCACUUGUGGGAAGGUAUUUGCUGAAAAAAAUGUUUUAAAGAACCACCUGGAGGCUCAUCGUGGAAAACAGUUGUGUAUUCAGUGUGGUAAAGAAUAUUCUGGUGAGGAUUAUUUCUGUCAUACAGAGGUAGUAAGUGCUCUUUGCAAGAAAUGUGGUUCAAGAUUUAAAUAUCUUUGUCUGUAUGAGAAACACAAAAAAAUGCAUGGAGAAGUAGUGAAAAAAAUGAAGCAUCGUGGGAAGCAUUUAUGUAUUCAUUGUGGCAAAGAAUACUUGGGUAAAGAUCACAUUUUUCAUAUGGAGUUUUUUGAUGAAUUGUCUCCUUGCAGAAUAUGUGGAUUACAUUUUGAUUAUAUUUGUAUGUAUGAGAAACAUAAAAAGGGGCAUAUAGAGGCACUGGAAAAUAUUAAAACUUGUAGAACUCGAGCCGAUCUUUGCCAGUUUAUUGAGUGUUCUGAAAUGGUUGUAUCUCAGGCCCCAUUGAUUUAUGGUUACAAUCAUGUAUGUAUGAUCUGUGGAAAGGGAUUUAAAGAUUUUCCAUCUACUCUUGUUCACAUAGAGGGGCAUGUCAAAAUUGAGUCUGGGAUGACCGGAAAUGUGGCUUCAUCUGUAUGUAAAGCUAGCAGAGAACCAGUGAAUGAUUUUCAGGGUUUUGAUAAGCAAUUGAAUUCAAACAAGGGAAGUAGUUUGACAUCCAAGCAUGUAGAUGUAGUUGUAUUUUUUAAUGCCACAAAAAGGAAAAAAUCAAGUUUAGAAUCUGAUAUGCAGCUUUCCCUUAAACCUCGGGAAGAAGUUUUAAAAUAUAAUUCAGAGGAAAAUAUUGGUUUGAAGGUGAAUAGAAAUUAUUGUUCAGUUAAUCUUAGCACCAGAAGUCUUCCUCAUUCUAGCUAUGACUCUCAAGUUGAUGAAAAUUUACCUGGUCCAUCUAAAAGCAUUAAAAAGAAGGUAAUGUCUUCAGGGUACUCAUUCUCCUCAAGUGAAGAUGGUUCUUUGACAAUAGUAGAUCAUGGUCUAACUUUUUCAAAAUAUAAAGCAGUGAUGGCUGAAGUUUCGCAAAAAAUCUCAGAGACUGGAGAAUCCAAGAUGAAACAAUCAUUAGUUGAGCCAUGCAGUUUGGAGAAAGUUUGUCCCUCAGUCUCUUCUACCCUCGGAGGUGAUGCUACUUCCAAAAGUAACAGAGCGGGGAAGUCACCAAUUGCUAGUCCGGGGAAGUGUGUUUCAGAUGAUCUAAGUCGAAGUAGGCUAAUUUUAAGUGAAGAAAACCCUUCAUCAAAUAAUGAAGGAAGAGUGAACAUUCCCAAAGAUAGGAUUGCCUUAUAUAGAACAGAAACAAAAGCUUUAAAUAAGAAGGAAAAAGAUGUGCAGGAGGACAUUUGUGGAGAGGUUGUCAAGGAUGAGAAUAAUAGUGUUCCAAGUUUUGACAGUGUUCCCAGGGAUACCUCAAAACACAGAGAAGAUUCCAAGUCAUUUGGGCCAUUUGUGAAUAACCUAAUGGUUAGAGACUCGAGCCUAGAAUACUUUCAUUCUUGCAAUAAUGAUAGUCAAACAGACACAGAGAAUAAGAUUGUAAACCAGGUUACAAAUGUGAAAAAAGUUAUCAGCUUACCUUGCAAUGAUGGAAAAGUUGAGGGAAUGCACAAAACCCAGACAGCAUUAAGUGAUAUUAUUAUUGUUGAUGUUGCUUCAUUAGAGAAGUCUUUUUCAGGUACUGUCAGUCAAGGUGUCUCAAACGAGGAUUCAUCUUCAGUCGAAAAUAUGAGUAUUGAGGACUCGAGAACACUCGGAGUGAAUUUGGAAAGGAAUCACUAUUCAAAAACAAGGGACAAGUAUAAUGUAGAAAAUAAGCAACAAUUAGCAGGACAGAGCUAUGUGUCAUCAUUAGCCAAGUCUUUAGAGGCUAUUAAUUGUACAGACAGCGAUGUUGUUAAAGACUUGUCGCCAAAUAAGAAAACAAUUCAGAAUUCAGAAAAUCCUCAAGUAAAGAUAGAAAGGUCGUGUUUACCAAGAAAACGGAAGUUUGGAAGGAUGUGGGGUCGUAAUGCUCACAAAAAAUGUCCUAGUUGUGGAAUUAUGGUUCUUUGUAAGCUAAGUACACAUGCUAAAACCUGUUUUAAACAGCAGGAAGAAGACUGUUUACAGCAAAGUGAUAUGUCCUUAGAAAAUUCCAGAAGUAUUUUGCCAUUAUCAGUUAAAUUAGAGAACUGUAACAGUAGUGUUAAUGAUGUUAAGAAUCAACACUCUGAAAAUGUAGGGGAUAAUUGUGGUCAAAAUGGGACAAUAGCUGAUAAUGGUUAUGAUUUAAAGAACAUGAAUAAUUCAAAAGGAAUUCUGAAAAGGACCUUUAAAAAUGCUCGAGAAUCAGACAAGUUGCAAUAUGUUUGUAAAGAGAUAUCGAGUAAGUCGUAUGUGAAAGAUAGCCCUUAUUGUACAUUGUGUGGUAAAGUGUUUGCUUUCAAAUCUUCCUUUGAGGCUCAUAAGCAGUUGCAUGAAAAGGCCGGUUGGUAUCUAUGCUACAAGUGUGGAAUUGCGUACAGGAAUGAAAGGAAUCUUGUGCGACAUUGUGAAAUCGCUCAUUUUGGAGAAUAUGUCUUUGAAUUUGAACAAGAAAAAUUCGUUCCUGUCAGAAAAACAGGUCGUUUUUCAAAUAGAUUAGUAAUCAGAAAGAAUGUAUCUAAACGAUAUGGUGACAGUCAGACUGGUGUGUUUGAUAAAUCAGGCCAUUUUGAAUGUCGGCAUUGUAGAGGAAUGUUCAGAUGUAAAAGUGUGCUUAAAAUCCAUUUGGAAAGCCAUAAAAAUAUUUGUUUGGAUAAAGAAUUCAAACUGAUUAAGAUACAAUGUUCAGUUUGUAAUAUGAAGUUUAAAGAUAGAGGGAAGUUGAAAAUACAUUGGCAGUCUCACAAGAAUUCUCAGUUGUUUACAUGUAUUGUUUGUGGGAAGGCAUUUAGUUCAGAAGAUAAAUUUCUUUAUCACAAAUGUAUGCAGGUUAAACAUGGAAAUAUCUUGGAGGAGAAAUAUGUCAAUCAUGAAAAUCAGAAUGUUACAGUUGAUGCAGGUGGUGAGAUGGAUGAGGAAAGUACAUCAAGUAAUAAAAGCUCUAAAAAGAAAUCGGUUGUAAAAGUGGAAGGUGGUUUAUCUUGUCAAGCAGAAAUUAAGAACAAAAAUCAAUUAUACAAGUGCCCAGCUUGUCGAAGGAGAUUUGAAAAUAGAGAAGUCUUUGCUGCUCAUGUUGUUAAACAUGAAAAGGCCAAGUGGUAUAUAUGUGUUGAUUGCAGUCUUUGCUUUUGGCUUAAAGAAGGCUUGAAAGAGCAUUCUAUGUAUGCACACAGUGAACAUUGGGUCACAGAUAAAAAUACUUCGGAAGAAACUACCAGUUCCCAGGUCGAAAGUGAAGUAACUAGUUCCCAGGUUGAAAGUGAAGUAGUAUCUAGCUCCCAGGUCGAAAGUGAAGUAACUAGCUCCCAGGUCGAAAGUGAAGUAACUAGUUCCCAGGUCGAAAGUGAAGUAAAGCAGUUUCUUUGCAGUGUGUGUGGUGAUAAAUAUCAUUGUCAAGAAACCUUUAAACAGCAUAUACUUCAGCAUGAAAAUGAAAACUGGUGUAUUUGUGGAGAUUGUGGUAAUUGCUAUAGGGAUAGGGGUAACUUAUUUAGACAUGAGAAGCAAUAUCAUGGAAAGAUACAUGAUGAUAUUCUUACCACUGAGAAAGAAAAGAAUAAUUAUAAAACCAGUAGGACUGUGAAAGUAAUUGUUGAACGUAUGUCACCAUGUAAUGUUUGUGGAAUGUAUUAUGGUACAUCUAAGACAGACUUGGAGAAGCAUCUUACAACCCAUGCAGUGCCGAAGAAAAAGAGAAUAUUUAAAUGUACACUUUGUUUAAGGACUUUCAAAAAUAGAAAACUUUUUUUAUCUCAUAAGAUUAUGCAUUCAUCUCAGAAACAAAGAUCCUCAGUAAGUUUAAGGGAAAAGAAUAUUGUGAAUCUAAAGAAAUCUUCAUCAUUUAAGUUACAAGGUGCCCACUUGCAGAAACGUUAUGUGUAUAAGAAAGGUAUUUGUAUUUUAAAGUCAUCCGCAGGGCCCCUCUGCAGUAAAAAGCCGCGUUCCCACAGAAACUUGUUGCUACAAAAAAAAGUGGAAGAGACUAAUUUAUUGUACCAUCGUAAGAAGUUAUUGGGUUCGAGUGCACGAAAAUUUGUGUGCCUCAGUUGUGAUUCAAAGUUUUUUUUCAAAGUUUCUCUUGAUAACCACAACAAGAAAUAUCAUCGACAUGGAGCAAUUUUGGGCAGUGUUUCCAAAGACAUUUAUGAAAAUGUACCUGAUUGAUAUCUUUAAAGGGAGCUAAUUUUGUGUGCCUUUUUUUGUCAAGAUCUAGUAAAAUGUGAAUAAGCAAAGAGGGUUUUACUAGGAAAGCAAUGCUUGACCUUGUACUAGUCAAAUGUUUGGGUCUUCAUAAAGUUCUUUUUGAACACAGAGGGUAAGGAUUUGCAGUGUGGUUAUAUUACAUAGCACAUAUGACAAUAUGUUGACCAUUUGUUUGAGGCCCUCUCCUCAAGGUAACAGUUUUGUCUUAAGCAUUGAAAAUUUUGGUUACAAUUCAUUAAGGCUUCAUUUGAGUCUUAGUAUUUGAAAUUGUCUAGUGAAUAUUUUUGUUUAUGAAAAAAUAUGACCAUAUAAUUGGUUGAAAAUAUAUGCAGCUUGAAACUCAGUUCUUGAAAUAUGGUAGAAAUAGUUUUUGGAAACUGAAUCCAUUGUAAAGAGAGCAAGGGUGCUAAUAACAUGUUGCCCAUUGACAUUUUGUGAAUGACUUCAGACACUGUUAAUUUCAAUCAUCAGUGAACAGUUUUGAGUUGAAGAUCUAACAAUCUUAUUUUGUGAAAUUUUAAAAAUUAAAGCACUGUACUAUUCAUUUUAUUUGAACAGUCAAGUCUUAUUUGGAAUAUAAACAGUUUUGAAUUGAGAACAGAAAUCCCACGAGCAUCAAAAUUAUGUAAACCCUGUUAUCACAGUCUUUUGCAUACAAUUUAUGUUUAUAUACCAAUGAUUUCAAUAAUACUGUAUGUUUUGAACAGAUAUUAGUGAAAAGUCAUUUCAAUACAGUUUUGGAUCAAAGCACCAUUUAUGAUGACAAGUUUUAAGUAGAAGCUUUUGUUCUCAUUACUUCUCAUGAAUAGCUUUUGAGGUGAAAUGUGUAUAAGUAAAUUGUCUGUGAAAACAAAUUCAUAGUUUCAUGAAGAGGCUUGAGUGUGGAACAGUUAACGAAGGCUUUGCUGGAUCAGAUUAAGACGAAAACUUGAUAAUUUUUUAAGAUGAAGCAGUAUUUUCAUGGAUACCGGACAGUAGUAGCUACUUGAAAUUUAGGCAGAUAGACUUUGUGUAUGGUUGGAGGUGAAGUGGAAUGGUUACUUUGGAGGUUAUUGGCUUAAUUAUUAUAAUAUCUCUGAUGAAAAGAGCAGCAGUGUUAUUGGAACCAUCGAGCAUUUGAUCAAGGGAUUAUGAACAUCUUAAAUGGCUUUUUUUUUCAUUCAAAUAUAAUGUUGAAAUUCCUCAUCCAAAUGGGAGUGUAUUGUGAAAAUGAAUGUAAUGAAAGGAUUUUAUAUGAAAUAAAAAUCAUUGCCUACCAGAGUCCAUUCCUCAACUGUUUGAAUGAAGAAAUUGGUUCAGAUCAGAAAAUGCUUUAUAUUUCUGUAAUAUAAGUUUGGUCAUGAAAGGUGGUUAGUUUUUUGUGUGGUACUAUUUUGUUUCUUAUUGUAAAGAGAAGAUUGUUUUCUGUGUCCGAGUUGUCGUGUAGAAGUCUGUCUUUUUUGAUAAGUAGUUCGUUGAUUAUGCCACUGUGUUAAAAAUCUUUACUUUAGGUUGGCCGCUAGUGUAAAGUUGCCAUAGAAUGCCUGUUUGUCUACAGAAUGGAAGCUAUGAAAAAUGUUACCUUGGAUCUCCUGUUGAUAUUGAAGGAAACAUGUAGUAAAGAAGUAAAGGGAAUUACUAAUUUUCUACAUAUAAUUAUCUGCAAGAUUUUCUACAUAAAAUUAAAAGCUUAAAUGUUAAAGAAACUGUGCCUUUAGAUCUCAUUAUACUGAACAACUGUUGUCUAUAUCUAAUGCAGAACACACUUCUAUUUUUAUGGUAUUUAUGUUCUAUGAUGACAGGCUUUGAUAUAACAAGAAAUAACCAUUGCUAUCAAGUUCCUACAGUGAGAUGAACCAAGUGAAAUACUUUAUUUACAUGUGAUGCAGUUUUGUUGUGAAAACUAUGUGAAAGAACAGUAACUAUGUAUUUGUCAAUUUCCAUCAUGAAAUCCUCAAGUAACGAGAUUAGUGUAAUUUUUAAUUUGAGGUAGACAUUUGACAUAUUUCUUAUCAUUAUGAGAGGGGAAAGUAGAAACGGGUUCAUGUUCUCAUGUUAUUUAGACUUGUAACGUAAUAAAAUUGUAUUUAGGAGUGAAAAUGUACAAAAACCUAACAGCAAAUUUCUGUUGUCAUUAGGGAAUAGUAGUAAGUUAUGAAGAGAUGUAUAAAUGUCAAUGGUUGCAGUUCUCUGUUGCAGUAUUAAAGAUUUUGUGAUAUUUGGCUAUCUUAACUUAUGUUUUUGUUCAGGCUUUUUCAAAAUUGUGGAAGUUCCCAUAAAUUUGAGAAGGAAGUGUGACAAGAACUUAUUCUUGACUUAAGAAUGCUGUAAGUCAGCAUUUUGUAGUGUUUAUGGUGCAUUUGAUUUUCUACAAGGAUGAGCCUGUAGAUUUUGAAGUCAUCCUCAAUGCAUAUGCUGUAUUCUUGACAAAUUUUCAGAUGAAAAUUAUUCUGUUGACAAACUGUGUGUAUAAAAUUUAUUUGAAUAAAUAUUGUAAGUUUUCCUGGCA